AUGAGUUUUGGCGGGGGGAAUACUUUCGACGAGGUUGAACGAAGGAAAUUGUUAGAAGAGAAUGAGUUGUUGAGAAGGGAAAUUGAGGAUUUAAAACAUUUAAACAAGGAAUUAAUGCUUGAUAGUGAAGACAACGAUGCCCGAAUCAUCAAAAACUACAAAGCAAAAAUUGUACAGUUGGAAAGACAAGUUCAACUGCUCACAAAAUGUAACAAUAUCAAAUCGGAAUCAAUAACAGAUAUUGAUAAUUUUGUUUCGGAGAUUGUAGGUGAUGACAAUGAUUCAUCACCUAUGGAUAGAGCUCAGCUACGAAAAUGGGGAAAGAUGUUACAAGAAAAGAUCAGAAACUACAACAUCAUGACAAAGCAAGCAGAGCAUCAGAAAUAUUACAUUGAGAGCAAAUACUUUGGAUCGGACCAUCAAGAUACAAUUCAAAACGUUUGCAAUUAUUCUAAGAAUGACGAUAUUCCGUAUCUUGAUGUAACCAAUGUUUUGGAGCUGGAGAAUGAUCUCGUACAUGUAUAUAGAAACUUGUAUAGAAUGAGAACUCAUCUAACUAACACUAAGGACACUACUAAGGACCCUAAUUUUGUAUUAUUGUCUAACAUCACUAUUAGUAAUAUUUCAAAAAUAUUGAAUGAAAUGGUUGAACUAUCAUUAGUACUUCCAAAGAAAGAUAAAGCAUCCAAUGAAGAGAUAAGCUCAUCAUAUAAGCAAUUUUACAACCCAAUGUCUCUUAGCACAGCAGAAGUAAUGUCAAAACUGCCACGAAUUGGAAACUCUAAAACCUCCAAAGAUAUUGAGGACAGUGUGAAGAAUUUAGUGAGAGCAUUUCACGCACAAAAAUCUCUUUUUGAGAUUGAUUUACAGUUGAAGCAGGAGGAACUGAAUAUUGCUACAAAAACUAGCAAUUUUUACACCUCAUAUAUGAGCGAAUUGUUGAAGGAAAUUGAUCAAAAAUACAAAGAGUACACGAAUCAAAUACAACCUCUACUCCAAGAAAGUUCUUCACGUAGCAAUAUCAAUAUAUUAGAAGAUAUAGUUAAUGCAUUUGAGGAGUUUGAUAAGGACAGCACAGAAGAAAAUCUAAGAACCUUUCUCCUAGCUUUUAAAGAUAAUAUCUACUCCAUUUUAAGUGACGAAGCAAACAAAGGCCCUGUGACGAAAAAACCAAAGUCGUCUAAUGUCAAUAUUAAGGCCUAUUAUGAGAAAUUUAGAAGGCACAUGGAAGAAAUUCAGUCUGAAUUUGAGAUCAGAAAAAACGAGUUUAUAGAGAAAAUGUACAACUUGAAUCCUGAGGUGGAGAAAUAUGAACACGUCGAGCCAUUCAUCAGUUACACGCCGUACGACAACAGGUCUUCCGUUGCUAAAAAACCUUCUGUAAAAAAGAUGCCAACCGUUUCUCAAUCCGUCAGUAAUGUGAAAAUUUCGUCAAACAGAUUAUCAGCAGUGAGAAAGGAGUCCAACAAGGUUCAAAGAUCAUCAGAAACAAGCGUUGAUGAAAACGUAUCUUCCUCGAGUGAAGCGUCACAAAUUACUCCUAAAAUCACUGCCUCUUCCAAACAAGAAACCUCAAAGCUGAACCCUAACACAAGAGAACUUGCACAAAGAGUUGAGGAUCAAAAGCAGCGAAUUCAAACAUUAACGGAAAGCUUAUCUGCAAGAGGUAUAUCAGAUAUGCAACAUUACGCCAUUACAAAACAAAUUAAAACGGAGAAAGCAGAGUUGUUGAAGCUUGAACGAACUUUAAAAUCGCUUAAAGAAUAA